UCGGCCAAUCAGAGCGAAGUGCGCUGCGGUAUAAAGCCAUCUGCCGCCGAGCCUUCCCCGUGCACCGUCCCUCCCAGCCGCCGCGCGACUCCACGACCCCCGUCUACAUCACUCAACUACCGCAACCGUGAAGAUGGCGGCCCGGGUCGUAAUAUUUUUCAAGACUAUGCAAGCGGCGCGAUGCCCUACCGACGAGCUGUCGCUGACUAAUUGUGCCGUGGUGAACGAGAAGGAUCUGCAGUCAGGACAACACGUGACGGUGAAAACCACACCCAACCACAAGUUUGUGUUCACCGUGAAGACUCACCACACCGUGCCCCCUGGAAGCAUCGCCUUCAGCCUGCCACAGAGGAAAUGGGCCGGCCUCUCCAUCGGCCAGGAAGUGGAAGUGGCCAACUACAACUUUGACAAGUCCAAGCAGUGCAUUGGCGCCAUGACAAUCGAAAUUGACUUCCUGCAGAAGAAGAGCACUGACUCCUCCCCCUACGACUCGGACAAGAUGGCCGCCGAGUUUAUCCAGCAGUUCAACAACCAGGGCUUCUCUGUUACCCAGCAGCUUGUGUUCACCUUCUGCGACAAGCUGUUUGGCUUGAUGGUCAAAGACAUCGAGGCCAUGGACGCCAGCAUCCUCAGAGGAGAACCAGCUUCUGGAAAGAAACAGAAGAUCGACAUUGGACUGAUGGUAGGAAACAGCCAGGUGAUCUUUGAGAAGGCCGAGAGUUCAUCCCUCACACUAGUUGGGAAGGCAAAGACCAAGGAAGCACGACAGACAAUCAUCAACCCGGAGUGGAACUUUGAGAAGAUGGGAAUCGGAGGUCUGGACAGGGAAUUCUCCGACAUUUUCCGCAGAGCCUUUGCUUCCCGAGUCUUCCCUCCAGACAUCGUGGAGCAGAUGGGGUGUAAGCACGUGAAGGGCAUCAUGCUGUUUGGGCCUCCUGGCUGCGGUAAAACACUGAUGGCGAGGCAGAUCGGCAAGAUGCUCAACGCCCGCGAGCCCAAGGUCGUCAACGGCCCCGAGAUCCUCAACAAGUACGUCGGAGAGUCUGAGGCCAACAUCCGCAAGCUGUUCGCUGACGCAGAGGACGAGCAGAAGAGGCUGGGAGCCAACAGCGGCCUCCACAUCAUCAUCUUCGAUGAGCUGGAUGCCAUCUGCAAGCAGAGGGGCACGGGCGCCAGCAGCACGGGCGUGCACGACACCGUGGUCAACCAGCUGCUGUCCAAGAUCGACGGCGUGGAGCAACUCAACAACAUCCUGGUCAUCGGUAUGACCAACAGGCCCGACCUGAUAGACGAUGCCCUGAUGAGGCCCGGCAGAUUUGAGGUCAAGAUGGAAAUUAGUCUGCCCGAUGAAAAGGGGCGUGUCCAGAUCCUGACCAUCCACACCAACAAGAUGCGAGGCUUCAAUCUGCUCGCCCCCGAUGUCGACAUUAAGGAACUGGCCGCCGAAACCAAGAACUACAGCGGCGCGGAGCUGGAGGGGCUGGUCAGGGCCGCUCAGUCCACGGCCAUGAACCGACACAUCAAGGCCACCUCUACAGUGGAAGUGGACAUGGAGAAGGCCGAGAAGCUGCAGGUCACCAGAAGUGACUUCAUGGGAUCCCUCAACAACGACAUCAAACCUGCGUUCGGUACGAACCAGGAGGACUACUCCAACUACAUCAUGAACGGCAUCAUCAAAUGGGGCGACCCCGUCACUCACGUCCUGGAUGAUGGAAUGCUGCUGGUUCAGCAGACCAAGAACAGCGACCGCACCCCCCUGGUGGCUGUGCUACUGGAGGGCCCACCCCACAGCGGAAAGACGGCCUUGGCAGCUCAGAUCGCAGAGGACUCGGAGUUCCCCUUCAUUAAGAUCUGUUCUCCGGACAAGAUGAUCGGACACUCAGAGAUCUCCAAGUGCCAGGCGAUCAAAAAGGUCUUCGACGACGCUUACAAGUCACAGCUCAGCUGCGUGGUGGUGGAUGACAUUGAGCGUCUGCUGGACUACGUCCCCAUCGGGCCUCGCUUCUCCAACCUCGUGCUUCAGGCUCUGCUGGUGCUGCUGAAGAAGGCUCCGCCAAAGGGCCGGAAGCUGCUCAUUAUCGGCACCACCAGCAGGAAGGACGUGUUGCAGGAGAUGGAGAUGUUGGAUGCCUUCAGCACCACCAUCCACGUCCCCAACAUCUCCACCGGGGAGCAGCUCGUCGACUCUCUAGAGCUGCUGGGCGGCUUCACAGAUAAAGAGCGAGCCAGCAUCGCACACCAGCUCAAAGGGAAGCGAGUGUGGAUCGGCAUCAAGAAGCUCCUCGUGCUCAUCGAGAUGUCUCUGCAGAUGCCAGCGGAUUACAGAGUGACCAAGUUCCUGUCCCUGCUCAGAGACGAGGGCGCGUUGAACGAAGGCGAUCAAAUCCGAAUUUAAAGCUGUUGGUCUCUCUGGCUGUGCACCGUGACCGCACCUUCUACGAGUAGACAAAGAAACAUCUCUUCACUAAGGAGCCGUGCAUAGGACAGGACGAGGAAGAGGAGGAGGAGGACGAGGAAGAGGCCGUCCUGUUCUCCGUUCGACCUCCUGUCCGUCACAUCGGUUCAAAUACACACACCCGGUCCAAGAGGGGGACACACGAGUCCUCCUCGUCUCAGCAUGUUUCCGUAGGCAGUACCUCCGUAUCACCACCUAUCAGCUUUACUUAUUGACACACCACAGCAAACCAACGAAGGUCCUACUGUUAAAAAUCUGUUAUCUGUAAAGAAACUGGAAUAGAUGAUUGUAAGAAAAUUUAAAAAGUGCUGUUUUGUGCAUUGUGCGGAAAAAUGAUAACAAAAAAAGCCAUGUAUGUUUUCAGCUGUAGUAUUUGUUGUAUUUGUUGCAUAUUGACCGUGAUGCUAAAUAUAGUACGACGUGUAUCCUUACAACACACAAGCAGAAACAACAGCACAACGGACACUAAUCCCAGAGGCAUUGGAAUAUUUAAGAUUAAAUCUAUGAGAGGCUUUUAGUGAAUACGUAGUGGCUGUAAAAAAAAAAGAAAGAAGAAGCUGAUCCAUGUGUAAAUGUAAGCCCCCCAACUCUGCAGUAUGUAACUCGUUCAUGUUCUGUACAUAGUAUAUAUAGACAAAAGGAUUUAAACGAUAUAUCACAGCGUUUCUUCUUCCUCAUUCUUCAAGAGAUGUUGACUUAACACGGUUGCUGUAAUAGUGAAGGUAAAUGUUGGAAUGUGGGCCGGUCCGUCAGUGUUGUGCGCGGUUCAGGUUCGGUCUGACUCGAGUGUAGCCAACAACACCCUCAGUGUUAAAGAUGUAAACAGAAACACUCUGCACUCAAUACAAAACAUACAGAAACCCUUUAGUACUUAUCUCGGCAGUUGUUGGUGGGAACCCGGGCUUUGUUCCCACUGGUGUGCAUGUGUUAGGGAAACCAAGCGCUGCAUGCGUCCAGUCCGUUGGAGCGCCCGGUGUGUGUGCGUGAGUGUGCGGUGGCAGAACGUGCUUUUCAACGUGCACGUGUGUGUGUGUUUGUACAUUUGAUUCUAGGUUUUAGACAGUCGCUGGUUUAUUUGUGGAUUUUUUUCUCAUGUCAUGUGUUUGGUGCUUACCGUCCAAAGUUCUUGUUUUGUUCUGACCAUUGAUGAUAUGAGUGUGUGUGUGUGUGAGUGUGUGAAUAUAUAUCAACAUGCAGAUGUAUUAUUGCAAUAAAAAGCACAGAUGACAGGAAAAAGAAACUUA